AGAAGAAGAAGAAGAAGAAGAGUGAAAAAUAAAAAGUCUGCCGGUUAGCCAGAGUUGUUUAGUCAAUAAUAUUGCACUGUUUAAACGUUUAAGUUGCGAAAAUGAGCGGAGACGGUGAUAAAACUGACCAAUUUGAUUCCCUGUUCCUCACUAUUGCACAACACCACCCAGAAGGUGCUCACCAGCUUUUAGACACUUUUGUAAGCUUCUUAGGCCGCAAAACUGACUUCUUUACCGGAGGUAAUGAAGGAGACUGGGAAAAGCUUGUUAUGAACACCUUUAGAAAACAUGAAAAGCUCAGUAGGGCCAGCCACGAAGAUGAACUGAGGCGCAAGAAAGAGAAAGAGGUCAAAAAACCUAAAAGAGUUGAGCCUGAACCAGUGGAAUCCGCUGAAAUAACUGAGCUUACUGAAGAAGAAGCUGUAAAGUUGCAGGAGGAGUUGGAUCAAAAGAAAGCUACUUCGCAGGCUUCAACUAGUAAAGAUUCACCGACAAAAGUAGCAGAAAAGAUUGAAGAAGAUGAAGAUGAGAGCGAAAAAGGGAAAUUGAAGCCUAAUAGUGGCAACGGGUGCGACUUGGAGAAGUAUAAGUGGACACAAACCUUACAGGAUGUUGAGGUCAAAAUUCCACUAAAUGUGAACUUUAAGGCGAAACAAAAAGAUCUAAUAGUAAAUUUAACAAAAAAACACCUGACUUGCGGUAUUAAAGGUCAACCCCCGAUAAUAGACGACGAUUUUCCUCAUGAAAUCAAGUUGGAGGAGUCCACCUGGGUGAUUGAGGACGGUAAAUCCUUGUUGUUCAAUUUAGAAAAGGUUAAUAAAAUGCAAUGGUGGAGCAAACUAGUGAACUCCGAUCCGGAAAUUAGCACGAAGAAAAUCAACCCGGAACCGUCGAAAUUGAGCGAUUUAGACGGUGAGACACGGGGAAUGGUCGAGAAGAUGAUGUACGACCAGCGGCAGAAGGAGAUGGGAUUGCCCACCAGCGAUGACCAAAAGAAACAAGACGUCUUAAAGAAGUUCAUGGAGCAACAUCCAGAGAUGGACUUCUCAAAAUGCAAAUUUAACUGAACACAGCUGGCACACCGUUUUCUCGUUUUUUUAUUUUACUUUUUUUAAGCAUACGUUGCACGUUUUUAUGCAAGAAUUAAAGAUGAUUUUGUUCUUUUAUUAA